CAGCAUCUUUCCUAGAUUUUUUUUUUCCUGCUGAGCAGCAGAAAAGGGUGGGGCCGGUUCCCUGCAGCAGAGACGGCGGCGGCGUCAGCUGCAGCAUCAUUGGGAAUAGCGGCAGAAGCAGCAAUGCUCAUUCUCCGCUGGAGGUGAUCGCCUCCGAGCCGUGCUAGGUGGCCGGCUGCGACGGGACGCCGACGGGGAGGAGAAGAGAGACUUAUCCGCGGACCUUUCGGCCACACUGCCCGGCCCUUCCUCUGCGCCAUGGCUUAAGCCCGCGGCCACCUCGCCUCGCGUCGUCUGCCUUGGCCGGGGUCUGCGCGCCGCAGCCUCAGGGAGGGGCGCAUCCCAGACGCUUUCUCCCGGGGACUCCGGGACUCCGUGUCUCUCACCCUCCGGUGCCUGCAGCAGACUGCGUUUCCAAGACCUUUGCAGGCGGCUCCCGCAGGCCUUUGCAGCCGGUAAUCGAGGGACUUUAAAUCAGUGAUAGUUUUGCCGCCCGACCUUCCCGGGUGGUUUCGGAGGGAGGAGGGCGAGGUACUCAGGCCACCAAGGACAAAACGGUGGAAAUCAUAUCGGCUGCUCGAGGGCCAAGGGACUGAAGGAAGAUAAGAGACUUGCUUUAGCACCACAAAAAGAAAGGAGGACCGGCUUUGCAGCUAACAUCAUGGCGUGGCCGUGCAUCACGCGGGCUUGCUGCAUCGCCCGCUUCUGGAACCAGCUGGACAAGGCGGACAUCGCCGUGCCUCUGGUUUUCACCAAGUACUCGGAGGCCACCGAGCACCCGGGCGCUCCUCCGCAACCGCCGCCGCCGCAACAGCAGCCGGCGCAGCAGGCGCAGCCGGCGCCCGCGCCCCCCUCGGCUCUGACCGUCGCCAUAGAGACUCAGCCGGCCCAGGGCGAGUUGGAUGCAGUUGCCCGGGCAACGGGGCCGGCGCCUGGGCCUAGUGGCGAACGCGAGCCGGCGGCCGCCUCGGGCCGGAGCAGACUGGGCCCCGGCCCGGGCUCCGGCUCCGGCUCCGGCUCGACCUCGGGUGCGGGCCCCGCGGACUCGGUGAUGCGUCAGGACUAUCGCGCCUGGAAGGUGCAGCGGCCCGAGCCGAGCUGCCGGCCGCGCAGCGAGUACCAGCCCUCCGACGUGCCCUUCGAGCGCGAGACCCAGUACCAGAAGGACUUUCGCGCCUGGCCGCUGCCGCGCCGCGGGGACCACCCGUGGAUCCCCAAACCCGUGCAGAUCCCCACGUCCUCCCAGGCUUCAGCGCCUAUUCUCGGGGCUCCCAAGCGCCGGCCUCAGAGCCAGGAGCGCUGGCCGGUGCAGGUCGCCACUGAGGCCCCGGAACGGGCGGCGGCCUCUGGCGGAGCGGGUGUCGUCGGGGCGGGAGAGGCGAUGCGUUCGGAUGAGCGCUACACACGCAAGAAGGCCGGGCCGGCCUGGAUGUUGCGUCGCGCCGAGGGGCUGGGACCCGAGCAGACGCUGCUGCCCGCAACCCAGGCCCAGGUCGUGGGCCCCGAGGGUGGUAAGGGGCGUGCAGCAGCUGACGCCCUCAAUAGGCAAAUCCGCGAGGAGGUGGCGAGUGCGGUGAGCAGCUCCUACAGGAACGAAUUCAGAGCAUGGACAGACAUCAAGCCUGUGAAACCGAUAAAAGCGAAGCUCCAGUACAAGCCCCCGGAUGAUAAGAUGGCUCAUGAGACCAGCUACAGCGCCCAGUUCAAAGGGGAGGCCAAUAAGCCAACAGCGGCUGACAAUAAGUUCACUGAGCGCAGAAGAAUACGCAGCCUCUACAGCGAACCUUUCAAGGAAUCCCCAAAGGUGGAGAAACCUGGUGUUCAGAGCUCCAAACCAAAAAAGAGCUCAGCGAGCCAUAAGCCCCCGAGGAAGUCCAAAGACAAGCAGGUGGUGUCGGGCCGGGCCUUCAAGAAAAGGAGCACGGAGGCCCCCAGCGCCGCGCCAGCCGACGACAAGGAGCAAAGUAAAGAGAUGAACAAUAAACUGGCUGAGGCGAAAGAGAGCCAGGUCCAUCCCACCGGUGACUCACGUAAGAAACGAGGUCCCGUAGUCACACAGCCAGACAAGGAUCAAGGUCCUGUGGGCCUGGGGCCUCUGAAAGGUCCAGGUCCUGUGAUCCAAGAGCCUCCGAAGGAUCAAGGCCCUACUGUUCCAAAGCCUCCGAAGGAUCGAGCUCCUGCGGUCCCAGGGCCUCCGAAGGAUCAAGCACCUGCGGUCCCAGGGCCUCCAAAGGAUCAAGCUCCUGUGGUCCCAGGGCUUCUGAAGAAUCAAGCUCCUGCGGUCCCAGGGCCUCCGAAGGAUCAAGCACCUGCGGUCCCAGGGCCUCCGAAGGAUCGAGCUCCUGCGGUCCCAGGGCUUCUGAAGAAUCAAGCUCCUGUGGUCCCAGGGCCUCCGAAGGAUCAAGCUCCUGUGGUCCCAGGGCCUCCGAAGGACCAAGCUCCUGCGGUCCCAGGGCCUCCGAAGGAUCAACCUCCUGUGGUCCCAGGGCUUCCGAAGGAUCAAGCACCUGUGGUCCCAGGGCCUCCGAAGGAUCAAGCUCCUGUGGUCCCAGGGCCUCUGAAGGAUCAAGCUCCUGUGGUCCCAGGGCCUCUGAAGGAUCAAGCUCCUGCGGAUCAAGGUCCCAUGGCUCCAGCACCUGUCAAGGAUCAGCAUCCUACGGUCCCAGAGACUCUGAAGGAUCGAAGUGCCAUGGUUCUAGCACCUGUAAAGAAUGAAGGUCCUAUGCUCUCUAAGCCUGUAAAGAGCCAAGGUUUAGUGGUUCCCGAGCCAGCCAAGGAUCAAGGUGGAGUGGUCCCAGAGCUUCUGAAAGAUCAUGAUUCUGUGGUUGCAGCACCUGUAAAGAAUCAAGUUUCUACGGUGCCAAAACAAGUCAAGGAUCAAGGCCCCGUGGUCCCUGAGCCUGGGAAGAAUCCAGUUCCUAUCAUCUCGGUGCCUCUGAAAGAUCAAGAUCCUCUAGUGCUACCAUCAGCCAUGGACCAAGGUCCUGUGGUCCCUGAACCUCUGAAGACUCAAGGUCCCAGGGGCCCACAGCUGUCCACUGUCUCACCUCCACCCCCAGUCACAAUCCCAACUGUCCCCCAUGCAGAAUAUAUUGAGAGUUCCCCUUGACACUCACCCCUUAACAUCAAAGAAGGAGCUGGUAGUGAAAGUGCUCCCUCUCCAGGGCAGCGAAAUCUCACA